AUGAGUGCCCAGGCAGCCACUGCUCAACGUACACGGCCAAUACAACGGCUGGCUCUUCAUUCCACAGUAACCUGCUCGGCUCAAGCAACCGUCUAUGGGAAAUGCAUCCUGGCAACGUACACCGAUGUGAAAAAGGACAUUUGUAAAGAGGAAUUUGCUGCAUUCAAAGAUUGCAUUCAGAAAGCGAUGAAGAAGCGGUGA